UAAGAUGGCGACUGAGGCGCAGAGUGUAGGGGAGGUGUCAGCCCGUGAUUCCCGCCCGAGUGAUGCCAUCUGUAAUUUUGUUAUCUGCAAUGACUCUUCCCUUCGAGGACAGCCUAUUAUCUUCAAUCCUGACUUUUUUGUGGAAAAACUCCGACAUGAGAAACCUGAGGUGUUCACCGAGUUGGUGGUCAGCAAUAUCACAAGGCUCAUUGACUUACCCGGAACCGAGUUGGCUCAGCUGAUGGGGGAAGUGGACCUUAAAUUGCCUGGUGGGGCUGGCCCGGCGUCGGGAUUCUUCCGGUCUCUAAUGUCUCUCAAGCGAAAGGAAAAAGGAGUGGUAUUUGGAUCCCCAUUGACAGAGGAAGGCAUUGCCCAGAUAUACCAACUGAUUGAGUAUCUACACAAAAACUUGAGAGUAGAGGGUUUGUUUAGAGUACCAGGGAAUAGUGUCCGACAGCAGAUUUUAAGAGACGCUCUCAAUAAUGGAACUGAUAUUGACUUGGAAUCGGGGGAGUUUCAUUCAAAUGACGUUGCUACCUUGCUGAAGAUGUUUCUGGGAGAGUUACCUGAGCCCCUGCUGACUCAUAAACAUUUCCAUGCACACCUCAAAAUUGCUGAUUUGAUGCAGUUUGAUGAUAAAGGAAACAAGACCAAUGUACCGGAUAAGGAGCGGCAGAUUGAGGCUCUCCAGUUGCUCUUCCUCAUUCUCCCUCCACCCAAUCGUAACUUGCUGAAGUUAUUGCUUGAUCUCCUGUACCAGACAGCAAAGAAACAAGACAAGAAUAAAAUGUCUGCCUAUAACCUUGCCCUUAUGUUUGCACCCCAUGUCCUGUGGCCAAAAAAUGUCACUGCAAAUGACCUCCAAGAGAAUAUCACAAAGUUAAACAAUGGAAUGGCUUUUAUGAUUAAACACUCCCAGAAACUUUUUAAGGCUCCUGUUUAUAUUCGGGAAUGUGCCAGAUUGCACUAUUUGGGCUCCAGAACUCAAGCAUCAAAGGAUGAUCUUGAUUUGAUAGCUUCAUGUCCUACUAAGUCCUUCCAACGGGCAAAAUCUCAGAAACGGAACUGGGUAGAUUCCUGCUCUCACCAGGAGGAGACCCAGCAGCGUACGGAAGAGGCAUUGAGAGAGUUGUUCCAACAUGUUCACAAUAUGCCAGAGUCAGCGAAGAAGAAACAACUUAUUAGACAGUUUAAUAAGCAAACUGUGACCCAAACGCCAGGGCGAGAAUCUUCUCCUCGGGUACAGAAAAGAGCCCGUUCACGUUCCUUCAGUGGCCUUAUUAAGCGGAAGGUCCUGGGAAAUCAGAUGAUGUCAGAAAAGAAAAACAAGUACUCUACUCUGGAAUCUGUAGCCAUUGGUGAAUUGAAGAGAGCCAGCAAAGAAAAUAUGAACUUAUUAUUUUCUGGCUCUCCAGCUGUCACGAUGACACCAACAAGAUUGAAAUGGUCUGAGGGGAAGAAAGAGGGGAAAAAAGGAUAA